CGUGCGCCUUCCUUGUCUUUUCCCCUCCGGAGAAGUCGGGAAGGUGGCGGCUGCGGCGGUUGUCCCUGUCCGGCAGGUUCGUGUGGUCCGUCAGCCCGCGCUGUGCAGCGCCCGCGCCGCGUCAAGCCCAGUCGAGCCGAGCCGCGGCGGCCGGGUCCGGCGCGGGCGGCGCGCGCAGACGGAGGGCGGCGGCCGCGGCCAGGGCGGCCCGUGGGACCGCGGGCCCCCGGCGCAGCGCCGCCCGGCUCCUGGCCCUGCCGGCCUCCUCCCUCGGCGUCGCGGCCAUGGCGGCCAGCGCGAAGCGGAAGCAGGAGGAGAAGCACCUGAAGAUGCUGCGGGACAUGACCGGCCUCCCGCACAACCGAAAGUGCUUUGACUGCGACCAGCGCGGCCCCACCUAUGUGAACAUGACGGUCGGCUCCUUCGUCUGUACCUCCUGCUCCGGCAGCCUGCGAGGGUUAAAUCCACCGCACAGGGUGAAAUCUAUCUCCAUGACAACAUUCACACAACAGGAAAUUGAAUUUCUGCAAAAACAUGGAAAUGAAGUCUGUAAACAGAUUUGGCUAGGAUUAUUUGAUGAUAGAUCUUCAGCAAUUCCAGACUUCAGGGAUCCACAAAAAGUGAAAGAGUUUCUACAAGAAAAAUAUGAAAAGAAAAGAUGGUAUGUCCCGCCAGAACAAGCCAAAGUGGUGGCAUCAGUUCAUGCAUCUAUUUCAGGGUCCUCUGCCAGUAGCACAAGUAGUACACCUGAGGUCAAACCGCUGAAAUCUCUUUUAGGGGAUUCUGCACCAGCACUGCACUUAAACAAGGGCACACCUAGUCAGUCCCCAGUUGUAGGUCGCUCUCAAGGGCAGCAGCAGGAAAAGAAGCAGUUUGACCUUUUGAGUGAUCUUGGCUCAGACAUCUUUGCUGCUCCAGCUCCUCAAUCAUCAGCUACUGCCAAUUUUGCUAACUUUGCACAUUUCAACAGUCAUGCAGCUCAGAAUUCUGCAAAUGCAGAUUUUGCAAACUUUGAUGCAUUUGGACAGUCUAGUGGUUCGAGUAAUUUUGGAGGUUUCCCCACAGCAAGUCACUCUCCUUUUCAGCCCCAAACUACAGCAUUUAGAAUGCUUUCAUCUAGCUGCAGUUUGGGUGAAUUUACUUCAGCUUUUCCUCUCCAGGCCACUCACAGUGGAAGUGCUGGAUCAGUAAAUGCUAAUUUUGCUCAUUUUGAUAACUUCCCCAAAUCCUCCAGUGCUGAUUUUGGAUCCUUCAAUACUUCCCAGAGUCAUCAAACAGCAUCAGCUGUUAGUAAAGUUUCAACGAACAAAGCUGGUUUACAGACAGCAGACAAAUAUGCGGCUCUUGCUAAUUUAGACAAUAUCUUCAGUGCUGGGCAAGGUGGUGAUCAAGGGAGUGGCUUUGGGACCACAGGUAAAGCUCCCGUUGGUUCUGUGGUUUCAGUUCCCAGUCAGACAAGCGUAUCUUCAGACAAGUAUGCAGCCCUGGCAGAAUUAGACAGCGUUUUCAGUUCUGCUGCCACCUCCAGUAAUGCAUACACGUCCACAAGUAAUGCCAGCAGCAAUGUUUUUGGAACAGUGCCAGUGGGUGCUUCUGCACAGACACAGCCUGCUUCUUCAAAUGUGCCUGCUCCAUUUGGAGCUACGCCUUCCACAAAUCCAUUUGUUGCUGCUGCUGGUCCUUCCGUGGCAUCUUCUACAAAUCCAUUUCAGACCAAUGCCAGAGGAGCAACAGGCCUUUCUGGAGCAAUGCAUUCUCAAGGGUUUCCUCACGCUCAUUUUGCGGCGACCUUUGGCACUGCGUCCAUGAGCAUGCCCACGGGGUUCAGCACGCCUGCUCCCUACAGUCUUCCCACCAGCUUUAGCGGCAGCUUCCAGCAGCCAGCCUUUACGGCCCAAGCAACUUUCCCUCAACAAACAGCUUUUUCUCAACAGCCCAAUGGUGCAGGUUUCGCAGCAUUUGGACAAACAAAGCCAAUGGUAACCCCGUUUGGUCAAGUUGCAGCCGCUGGAGUAUCUAGUAAUCCUUUCAUGACUGGUGCACCAACAGGACAAUUUCCAACAGGAAGCUCAUCAACCAACCCUUUCUUAUAGCCUUACAUAGACACUUUACUGGAACGAACUUUUAUGUGGUCACAUUACAUCUCUUCACCUCUUGCACUGUUGUCUUGUUUCACUGAUCCUAGCUUUAAACACAAGAGAAGUCUUUAAAAAGCCUGCAGUGUACAUUAAACACCAGGUAAUAUGUGCAAAACAGAGGGCUCCAGUAACAAGUUUUAACCUGUGAAUUGGCAGAAAAAGGUAGCGGUAUCAUGUAUAUUAAAAAUUGGCUAAUAUUAAGUUAUUGCAGACACCACAUUCAUUAUGCCGCAGUGCUGUACAUAUUUUUCUUAGAAAUUAGCUAUUUGUGCAUAUCAGUAUUUGUAACUUUAACACAUUGUUAUGUGAGAAAUGUUACUGGGGAAAUAAAUCAGCCACUUUUAAGGUGCUGUCGUGUAUCUUGGAAUGAAUGACCUAAAAUCAUUUUAACCAUUGUUCCUGGAAGGUUACAAAGUCAAAAUUGGAAGGUUUUAUUCAUUCUUGAAUUUUUCCUUUCUGAAGAGCUCUUCUAUUUAUACAUGCCUAAAUUCUUUAAAAAUGUAGAGGGAUACCUGUCUGCAUAAUAAAGCUGAUCAUGUUUUGCUACAGUUUGCAGGUGAAAAAAAAUAAAUAUUAGAAAAUA